UUUUGACAAUUUGGGAUGUGAGAAUCGAACCUAAUACGAAUUUUAUGUUAAUUGCUAUGAUAUUUUUUAGGACCCCAUAUUUAUUCUUCUCAUGAAAUAAAUGAUAGAAUUGGAGCAUCUAUUGAUCUUUUUGGGCCGUAUCAUUCCAGUGUGUGUACUUACUAUGAAUAUGAAUGAAAGAGAAAAAGAAAUUCAGAAAAACUGAGUUGAACAAAUCAUACUAUUUCGUUAAAUUUUAGGCUCAAUUUUUCAAAAUAUACUUUCUUACUUGGGUGUUCUUUACUUGUAUAGGUAAUAAUUAUCAUCAUACUUAUAUGGAUCCAUCCAAUUCUCUCAUAUAUAUCCAUACUUGGGUUUCAUGAUACAUUAUUUUUUAAUUGAAUGACAAAAACUGCAUAUCGACUAAAUUGUUAUAGAAAAAAAGGUAUAAACCAUGUAUUAUUUAAUUGAUUCGUCAUUAGAUUUAAUUCAAUGCUAAAUUAAGGAUAUAGGAAUUGAACUACUAUUUCCUUAGUUCAUUAGUUGUGCAAGUGCAAAUAUCGCGUUCACUGUGCUAUGUCAGAUUUGUUGAAUUGAACUAAAUUGUUUUAAAAAAAUGUAUAAUCAUAACUUAUCCCAUAAAAAAUGGUAUACGAGUUGAUUAGGUUUUUUCCGUACAUAUAUAUAAAAAAUGUGUGCUUUGAAAAAAUAAAAAAUCCUAAAUUUGAUAUGGGGAAAUCAGUAGUAGAUUAAAAUUUUAUUUUUGUAAAUGAGUUAACCACUACUAUUAUUUAUAUAUUUAACCAGUAGACGAGACGGUCUACAUUCGGUUAAAAAAUCUAAACUUCAGUACCCUGAAGACGAAAAAAAAGGAAAGAAAAAGGGGAAAUAUUUGAUAGAAGAAAUAAGAGUUAGGGUUUUUUUUUUUUGUUUUUUCUAAAAAUAGAAUUAGAAAGUUAGAAGGAAGUGUGAGUUGGAACAAGAAUCACGGUUACACAGUUAUAAAACCACCAUUAUUACCAUUUAAUUUACCCAUAACCAUUACAGUCCACUGAAUGGAUCAAAAUCCCAUUCUUCUUCUUCUUCUUCUUCUUUAGUACUACUGUAACGUGCAUUAAAUUGCCUCGAAAUCAAAGACUUAAUUAGAAUAAUUAUUACAACAAAAAGGGGCAUUCCUUUGUUAGUAGUAAUGUAAUCUGGAUCCCCUGUGGGCGGACGGAUAUAAUGGACGUGAUAUUCGUUCCUGAGCAAGGAGAAACGUUCGGCAUUGAAGUUGGUUUCUUCGACACCGUAUUAGAAAUCAAAGAGAAGAUUGAAAAAUACCAUGGCAUCCCCAUUCCCAAACAAUCCCUAAUCUUCAAUGGCCGCAUCCUCCAAGACCACCGCGACGUCGAAUUCUGCGAAAUCUUGCAACACUCCCGGAUUCAACUUGUCGUUGCUAAUUCAGAAUUAUCCGCUCAAUCCGAAAUCGGACGGCUCAUCAUGAAGCAGAAUAAUAUUCUUCCUGAUCCUCCUCCUCCUCAUCAACCGCCGCAGCCGCAAAAGGAGAUCACCUCCUCCAAAAAUAAUAAUAAUAAUAACAGCAGCAGCAUAAACAACAACAAUUAUAACAAAUUGAAAGUGAUGGUGAAACCGAAAAGUGGGAAUUCAAAGAUAGCAAUGGAAGUGAACCCAACAGACAACGUCGGGGAAUUGAAGAAAGAGUUGGAAAAGCUGCAGCAGAGAAUGCAAUUUCAUCUGCCACCAGAGGGUUUCUUUUUCAUUUAUGACCGUGACGUUAUGGAUGAAGACCGUUCCUUUCGCUGGCAUGGUGUGGCUCAUGGCGAUACCAUUGAGAUCUUCAAUGGCACUGUUACUGGUGGAUCUUGAUUCAUCAGGUACCACGAGCCCUAAUUUUCCUUUUUCUUCUUCUUUUUCUUUUUAGAUCUGUAAAUAAUACACAUCAGAUGGAUGCAGGAAUUGAAUGUUUAUUGUAGUUGGUUAUCAAUUGUCAAUUAUGUUAAUGAAUGGAAUCUUCAUCUCUAUAAUUUUAUUUAGACAGAAUAG